AAAAAAAAAAAGUAAACUUCCAUUUUCUUGCUGCAACAACUUCUAUCCCAUAAAAUUUAAGUUAUGUCAUCAAAUUCAAUUAUCCUACUACCUUAAUUCCUUCAAAUGGAUUAUUCAUCAAAAUGGGUUUUUGUAUUUACACUAUUUUGUUUAAUAAAUCAAUCAAUUUGUGAUCCAAGGGCAACAGAAGCAGCUUUAAUAUGUUCAAACACAACAGCUGCACAAUCUGAUCGACAAGUCUACGUGCCCAAUUUUCUAGCAGCCUUAGAUUCCAUUACACCACUAGUUGCACGUAACAAAUUUGGAGCUGUGACGAAUGGUACAGGAAAUAAUACAGUUUAUGCUUAUGGUGAGUGUAUGAAAGACUUAUCACAGAGAGAUUGUAAUCUCUGUUUUGCUCAGUGUAAAACACAAAUCCUAAGGUGUUUGCCAUUUCAAAGAUUAGUUAAUGGUGGGAGAUUAUAUUAUGAUGGAUGUUUUUUAAGGUAUGAUUAUUAUAAGUUCUUUAAUGAAAGUGUAAGUUCUGUGGAUAGGACUAUUUGUGGUAAUUCAAGUAUUUCUGGGGAUCAAAGUUUGUUUAAAGAAAAUGUUGGGAAGUUAGUGAGGAAUUUGGAAGUUGGGGGUUUAAAGAAUGAUGGGUUUUUAACUGCUGUUGUGAGUAAUGGGAAUUUGAGUGUUUAUGGAUUGGCUCAAUGUUGGGAAUUUGUGAAUGGAAGCGCUUGUCAAAGGUGUCUUUCUGAUGCAGUUAAGAAAAUUGGUUCUUGUUCUCCUAAAGAAGAAGGGAGAGUUUUGAAUACUGGUUGUUAUGUUAGGUAUUCUACUCAGAAAUUCUUUAAUAAUUCUGCAAGUGAUACACCUCCAGCUGCAAAUGGGGGACGAUCAAAUCGCUUGGCUGUUAUUCUCGCAACAACUUUGGGUAUUUCUGCUUUCUUGCUAAUCGUAUCGGCUGUUUCAUUCUUUGUGAGGAAGAAGGUUCUGAAACAAAAGAGAGAGAAGAAGCAGCUAGGAGCUCUCAUAAGGACAGUUAAUAAAUCAAAACUGAAUAUUUCCUAUGAAACUCUUGAGAAGGCAGCAAAUUACUUUAACAACUCCAAUAAAUUGGGACAAGGAGGUUCUGGUUCCGUUUACAAGGGGAUCUUGCCGGAUGGGCAGGUUGUUGCCAUAAAGAGGCUCUUUUUCAAUACAAGGCAGUGGGUUGAUCAUUUCUUUAAUGAGGUCAAUUUGAUUAGCGGCAUACAUCACAAAAACCUGGUAAAGCUAUUGGGUUGCAGCAUUACAGGGCCUGAAAGUCUUCUAGUUUAUGAGUAUGUGGCCAAUCAUAGUCUUGCGGAUUAUGUCUUUGACACAAAGAAUCUUCCCCCACUUACAUGGGGUCAAAGAUACAAAAUUGUAUUGGGUACUGCUGAGGGAUUAGCCUAUCUUCACGAAGAAUCAAAGCUAAGGAUCAUCCACAGAGACAUAAAGUUGAGCAAUGUUCUUCUAGAUGAAGAUUUCACAGCAAAAAUAGCUGAUUUUGGUCUAGCCAGAUUAUUUCCUGAAGACAGGAGUCAUAUUAGCACAGCUAUUGCUGGCACACUCGGUUACAUGGCUCCAGAGUAUGUUGUGCGUGGUAUACUGACUGAGAAAGCUGAUGUCUAUAGUUUUGGAGUUCUUGUUAUCGAAGUCGUAUGUGGAAAGAAGAACAGUUAUGUUUUCCAGAACACUAAUUCUCUUCUGCAGCAGUUGUGGAACUUGUAUGGGAUGGGAAAAUCUUGCGAAGCACUUGACCCUUUGUUAAAGGGUAACUUCAAUGAAGAGGAGGCAUCUAAGCUGCUUCAAGUAGGUCUUCUUUGUGUACAAGCAUCAGCAGAACUACGACCCUCCAUGUCAAGUGUCGUGAAAAUGCUCACCGAGAACCAUGAAAUUCGUCAGCCAACACAGCCGCCAUUCCUCAAUUCUGGUAGUUCAGAAUUUAGUCCAUUUAAUCUGCACGGAAAAAGAUUUAUCCGUCAACCAAGCUCCUCUACACAAUCUUCUGGGAAUAAAUUAACGGAGAGUUGGAUCGAUCCUAGAUAAACUAAGGUGAUCAAGAAUUAACUUGACUCAAUGAUUAUCUGGAAUUGACAUGUGAUUUUGUUCUCAGCAAAGGCCAACUUUUUGAAGGUGAAUUGUUUGGCCAACUCAAGUUUGUGUCUGUGAUUUGGAUUAAGGUUUGAGCAAAUGAACUUAACACUAAUUAGUACCGACCCUCCAUUGUUUUACUGAUAUUUGGUCUGAUUUAGUCAAAUUCCUUUUGUGAAUACCAUAUUGAGCUACCUUCUUUCUAAGGGGGUCAUUCCCAAUGUAACAUUAUUGUAUAGUGCCUGAAUUAUGAUACAGUAUCUGCAGCAGUUGCAAUUAACUAUAUCUACUGUGCUAGAUUUUCGAGUUA